AUGAGCAAAACCAUUCUCGAGGAUGCAAUACAGGAAGAGUUAUCGUUCUUUCUUCAGGCCAUCCACGAAUGUGUCCACACGGACUUCAAUUGUAACCGCGUUCUCAACAACGCUGUAGCGAACAUCAUCAGUUCUGUGGUUUCCGGAAAACGGUUUGAAUACACCGAUCCUUUGUUUGUCAAGUUUAUGAAAUGCCUGGACGAGAACAUCAGAAACAUUGGCACAGCCAAUGUCCUCAACGUUUUGCCCAUUGUUCGCUAUUUACCGGGGGACUUAUUCAAAUUUAAGCAAACUCUUCGAAAUAUAUCUAUGAUUGAUAAAGAAAUAAUUCGUCCGUUUAUUGAAGACAACAGGAACAACUACGAUGACAGUAACGUCACCAACUUCACCUCUGCUUAUAUCAAGGCCAUACAACAGCGCCGUCAGGAAGGUCAAAACACGAAUAUGAGUGAUGGGAAUCUAGAGACAUGCCUUAGAGACCUGUUCAUUGCCGGCUCUGAAACCACAGCUACUGUCCUCCGAUGGGGUCUGGUGUAUUUCCUCAAUUAUCCGGAUGUACAAGAAAAGUGUUUCCAGGAGAUCCUAGAAAACGUCGGGCAAAGCAGACGACCCUCCAUGAAGGACAAGACCAGCUUACCGUACGUCGAGGCAACGGUUACCGAGAUACUGAGGUGUGCCGACAUCAUACCAAGCAGUCUGCCUCACUCUGUACCCCAUGACGUAGAGUUCCGGGGAUACACCUUCCCUGAAGGAAUCACCGUAUUACCUAUGUUGAGCUCUGCCUUACAUGACCCGGAUCUCUGGGGCGAUCCUAGGAACUUCCGGCCAGACAGAUUUCUGGACACUGAAGGGAAGUUUCAGAAGAUGAAUGAGCAUAUUCCGUUCUCCCUCGGUCACCGAGCAUGCCUUGGCGAGGCCUUGGCACGGAUGGAACUCUUCCUCUUUACCACCAGCAUGAUACAGGAGUUCGAAUUCCGGCCUGUAGACGGGGUGAGCCCAUCUCUACAGGGACUGCCCGGCAUCGUCUACCGCCCGCAGCAGUUCAACAUGAAGGCAAUACCAAGGGCAAAAUAACUACUCAUUGGUCUUGUAAUCUCCAUGUCGACCGCCUCCGUGGUCUAGUGGUAGAGCGUCUGCCCGG